CCUGAGUUGAGAUACCAUCAUAAUAUCACAGUGUUCUCUCACUUUAAACCCAUGUUGUUAGAGAGAUGCAGAAUUGAAGAUACAAAUAAACUUUUUGCUAAAGAUGAACAGUAUUUUGUGCAAUGUAAAUAUGACGGUGAACGUUCUCAGAUGCAUAUGAAAAACGGCAGAUAUAAAUAUUUCACAAGACAAGGAUAUGACAUUACAAAUUAUCCUGGUUAUGGUGAAACUAGUUCUUCAGGCUUUAUGAGCAGUGUAUUUAGCCGACUUUUAAAUCCAGAAUGUAAAUCCAUAAUCCUGGAUGGUGAAUUAUUGGGUUGGCAUAAAGAGAAGAAAUUGCUGGCCUCAAAAGGAAUGCGUUUUGACGUUAAAAAACUGUCAGAUAAUAGCCAUCAUCAGCCAUGCUUUGUCGCAUUUGAUAUAAUUAUGUACAAUGAUGUCUUACACGACACUGAACCUUAUGAAAAAAGACUGGAAAUCUUAAAAGAUACAUUUAAAGAAGAAGAAGGAUCCCUAAUGUUGUGUAAAUCGAUUAAAAUUUCUAAAAGUGAAGAACUAUGCUCAUUGUUUAAUGAAAGUAUGCAGAAUAAGGAAGAAGGACUGGUAGUAAAGAAAUGUGAUGUUAAAUAUAAACCUAACGCACGAGAUGGUUGCGGUUGUUAUAAAAUAAAAGCAGAGUUUUCGGAUGAUCUGGUGGAAGACAUAGACUUGAUUAUUCUCGGUGGAUACUACGGAGAAGGAAAGUUCAUGGGUUUAAUCAACAGCUUUCUAACGGGAGUAGCUUCUCCACCAGACAUUCCAGGAGAAAAUCCAUCGAAGUUUCUGUCUGUUGUAUCCGUGAGCAAUGGUUUUUCUAUGGAUACACUGAAGGACCUUUACAAAAAGUUUGAAGGAAAAUGGCAAACGGGGUGCCCUGCGCAUGUGACUCCACCCAGGCUUGAACCACCAGAUAGGUGGAUUCGUCCUGAAGAUUCCAUAAUAGUUACAGUACGGGCAAGUGAGAUGACAACAAGCAAUGAUUAUCCAACAGGGUAUAGUUUAAGAUUUCCUAGAGUCAUGAGUGUUAGACCUGAUAAACCUUGGUAUAACGUUUGCACCACUACAGAACUAUUAUCUUUAGUUAAAGAUACGCGACCAAUUCAAAAGCUGACAAAACGAGAUGUAGACUACGAUGAUAUAGGAGAAGCUCCUGAAAAAAAAGUACGCAAGAUAACGAGGCAACGUUACGACGCGAGGCCAACAAGGCUUAAUAUUUAUGAAAAUUUGCCGGUUCCUCUGUCACGACUUUUCGAUGGUAAAGAAAUUUGCGUGAUAAACGGUGACAAAGAGAUGCCCAAAGAACACAUCGAAAAAAUUCUUUUGCAACACAACACGAAAGUUGUUCAGAACCCGUCAAAGGAAAAUUACUGUGUUAUUGUUGGUAAUCCUAAGACGGUAAGAGCUAUCAGCGUUAUAGAAAAGGGAGAAUACGAUGUGGUAACGUUAGAUUGGUUCAAACGUGUCACCAAAGAAGAAAAUUGGCCGUCGUUAGAAGACUUUCUACCGUGGGAGUUAAUAGCCUGCCGCGAAUCAACGAAACGUCGAUUAGCAGAACAUUAUGAUGAUUAUUAUGACAAUUUUACUGUGGAUGCAGACGAAGAAAGUUUAGCACAUUCGCUCCAAAAAGCUGAAGAGACGGCGAAAACGUUAGAGUUUGAUCACGCCCAAAUGAAGGAGAUGGAUCAAGAAUUAUUUGCAGACGGAGUAUCACCUUAUUCCAUAUUUAGAGGCAUGGUAGGAUACUUUCAGACUCCGUCAGAUGUAUCUAAAUUUGAAUUUCGUUUUAUGGCGGGAACGGUUAAGGACAUCAUCGAUGAUUCUGUCACGCACAUAUUUAUCGAUACAAACUGUUCGAGUUCGGAAUUGGAAAGUUUAAUUAAUAAUAAAUCAGACGGGCCUGCAGUAAUCGUUCGAAGUGAAUGGAUUUCCGAAUGUUUCAGACAAAGCAAACUUAUUCCAGAUGAGGACUAUGUCAUGCAAUAA